AAAUAUACUAAAUUCGCACAUCGUUAUAUGGUCGCAUGUGGAUGUAUCCCAUCUAUCGUAUGUACAUGUGUAUUACAAUUUCACUUUUAUUCGUUAAGAAUUAAACAGACGCAGGUUUAUAUUCUGCAAUAUGCUAGUAUUUUAAUUUUUACGAUAUAUAUGCUUAACUUUAUUUCCAUUAAAGCCAUUCUUUUGUUUGCUUAGCCUAUUGCAGCUAUCUCUGUUUGAUGCCAUC